GCCGCCGAGACUAGCGGUAGCACGGUGCACUGCAGCUCUGUUCAGCUCUGUGAACAGUGAUGGCGGAAUACAAGCGCAAGAGCAAGUUGAGCAACGACGAUGGAGGGCCAGAGACGGAGGGAGGCAGAGUGAAAACUAAGCCUGUCUCUUCUAGCACUGUGGGAGAAGGGGAGGCUGCAGUCAAACGCUCUGCCCUACAGAUCGCAUCGGACAGCGACGAUGAUGAUGAAGAGUUCUCUGCAAAAGCCUUGCCGGCGAAAGUACCCAAGAUAGGCUUUGGCUUGGGCAGUCAGAUGGGGAAGAAGGGUAGCGCCAUCUCCAUCAAGCUCGGUGCCACUAAGCCAAAAGAGCCUACACCAAGUCUUCCUGCCAAAAAGGCAACAAUGGUCUCUGUGUUCGACGAGUCAGACGAUAGUGAACCGGAAGAGAUGCCACCAGAGGCAAAGAUGAGGAUGAAGAAUAUUGGCAGGGAGACCCCGACGUCCGCCGGCCCCAACUCCUUCAACAAGGGCAAGCAGGGCUUCUCCGACCACCAGAAGCUGUGGGAGAGGAAGAUGAAGACCCAGUCAGAUCACACCUAAACCCAUGAUGGAGCCACGGUCGGGGCGGGUCUGGGCGUGGGGGGGUCUAGUCGACCACUAUCUUGCCCACACCCAUGAGCUCCUGGCUGGGUCAAACAUCCCCUUCCCCUCCUUUUCGUCUUUGACAAACUCCCAACACCACAAUCUUCCCAGAACUCCUGAGCCUAUCUCCCAGCCUGGUUUUCGGACCUACCCGGCUGGUCUCCGGUAGUUUCUCCGGUGACUGGCCCUCAUGUUUACUAUUCUUACCAGUAGCAGUGGAGACGGCAGUGGGAUCACUGUCAAAGAACAUAAGGUUUUACGGUGGAGUCAGCAACGAACCUGAGAGCUGAGGAAGAGGCUGGAAAGAAGUGCCCCAAAAGUCCUAAAAAUACAGUUUUUAUUUCAACCGUCUCCCCGUGUGUUCAUUUAGUUUAUGCGUUGCUAUGUAUUCGAUCCUCUAGAUAUCAACGCUAUCUACUGUUAACUGGUAGAAGCUGGUUUGGAAAGUCCUCAGCAAACUUUUUUUUUUUUUGUCUCUGGUGUACAAAUGUAUAUAGAAUGAAAUGAUGGUCUUUCUUUAUUGUUUUUGGUGUGUGUGUGUGUGUGUGUGUGCACGCUUGUUUGUGGGCGUGUCUUUUGGGAGUGCAGAAAAGUUGAUUCGUGCUCAACUGGAGGGAAACAACCUUUUUUAAUUCUGUCAACCACUCUGAUUUGUAUGUUGUCAUUCAUAACUUCUGAUUGGCAGUCUUGUCACGGAAACAACCAUAUCUAAUGCUGAGCCAGUGGAUAGGCAUUAUUUCGGUUUUGAUUGUGCAUGAACAAUAAUUAAGUAUUUAACUAAACAAUGUACUCUCGACCUUCCCUGCUAUGUGUGAGAGUUAUGAACUGGAGUCAACUACACUAAGCUCCCCUGUGCCUCAAAACAUCUUUCCCCAAAAUAAAAACCUGGAAAUUC